UCCAUGUCGUUCUCGCCCGAGAUCUUCCGCAACAAGUUGGACGCGCUCCAGGAGACGCAGGACUCCAUCGUGUCGCUCUCGCAGUGGGUGCUUUUCCACCACCGGCACGCCUCGCAUCUCUGCGAGCUCUGGGCAGACUACGCCUUGCAAACCAGCGCCGGCGCGCCGCUGAAAAAGAAGCUCUCGUUGCUCUACUUGUGCAACGACGUGGUGCAGCAGGCGCGCCACAAACGCAAGCCCGAGUUCAUCGCCGGCUUUGCCGCCCGCUUGCCGGCGGUGUUGCACGCCUUGUACGGCGCCGUGGACGAGCCCGUCAAGCCCAAGGUCGAGCGGCUCAUCUCCGUGUGGAACGAGCGCAGCGUGUUCACAAAGCCGCAGAUCGAGAACAUGCAGCACGCCGUGCUCCAGGCCAAGGACGGCCAGGCCUUCGACCCCGCCGACGCGCCGGACGCGGGCCUGAAGGCGCUGCUCAAGGCCGCCGCGCCGCCGCGCAUAGCCCCGCAGUUGGCGCCGGUCAACGGGCUCUUCUUGCACAUGGCCCAGCUCCUGGCCACCGCCUCGGCCAACGUGGCCCACGCGCACCAGCAGGCCCAGCUCUACUUGCCGGACGACCCGUCUGCGCUGGACGCCUUGCCCCUGCCCAAAGUGUACGUGUCCAAGCUCAACGUGUUGGAGAAGUUGUGCCUGAUGACCGUGCAGACGCUCGAGGACGCACAGACUGCCCGCCGCGACAUUGUGGCGGCACUUGCCGACUUGUCCCGUGAGGUGCUGGCCGGCCUGCCGCCCGACACGCUCCAGAUCGAGCUUCUCCAGCAAAAACUCGAGCGGGUGCGCUCCACGCGCGCCGAGCUUCUUGAUAUGGUCGAUGAGCUGCUGCUGCAGGGCGUGAACUCGUCUGUGGAACACCCGUCGCCUGCCGAGGAGCCGUCGCCUGUGUUUGACACCUCGCCAGACACUGCGCCGUCCGCCUCUGACAGCCUAGUUCCCACAUACGAGGACUCCAGCGACAGCGACAGCGACGCGGACCUGCCGCCGGCCAAGCGGGUGGCGGCGCUGCUGGACGAACCGCCAGCCCAAAAGAAACGCCGCGUGUCGGACGCCAGUCUCUCGUCCGCCACGUCCAAGAAAUCCGUGGCGUUCUCGGAGGAAAUCGAGGUCAAGGAGUUUGAGCGUGACGACCAGGCCAAUUACAUGGACAUCAUCGGUGAUGCUGGUGCCGACGACGAUGACGACGACGACAACAACAACUUGCCGGCCAAUGAUACUCAUGGCUUUGAAAUCCACCACAAGGACGCGGUGGAACUCAUGCACGAGCGCGAAUCCGAGCCCGGCCCGGGCCACUCAGACGAAUCUUUGUCUGCUCCCGAUCCAGACAAAGGAGACUUAUUGAGCUUGUUGUCGAAACUUGCCUAG